AUGCCGUCUGACUGUCGGUACCCCGACCCUUCGUCCCAAACAGCCUACGGGCUUCAAACAGCCUACGGGCUUCAAGAGCAGUGCCCUAGCGAACCACCCCCUCCGUGCUCAUAUGUAGAACAUCGAUCUUGGGAAGGAGCCGUAGGGAACACAGAGUACUACCGUAAUGCUUACCAUCCUUGCACCGUUCAGCCCGCGGUCUACGAGUAUCCUAAUUCGGCUGCUUAUGCUGAUCAAACGAUCCACUACCCACCUCAACUCUACCCGUUCUACACGUAUGAUUAUCAAAAUGUCGGCCCUCCCGUAAAUGCUGCCGAUACUGGACCUUCGGAAGCUCCUGCCUACAUCUCUACACCCCCGACUCACUUCGGAAGACGUUCCCCAACAAGUGCCUACCUCCCGAACCCAAACUCUUCGGGCUUCCUCCCAAGGACAGAAUAUUUCGACCCAAUUACUCGACCCCCGUUGGAAGCACCUUGUUAUUCGGAUACCUCCCGAUCCUCUUCCCCUGCUAGUACUACAGAAGUACGGCAAAUCGACGGUCCGGUACCGGAAGUAAUGGACGGCUUUUCAGUGUUAACACCCCACCAUUACGAUGCAUCAAGUCGGCGAUUCUAUUUUGAUUAUGAUACAGUGAAUUCCAUCAAUUUCCGCCCGGUUUUAGUGUCCAAGACAGUAUCCCCCUUGGAUGCGACAGGAAACGGUGAUCCAGCAUCUCAACCUUCAGGGGAGAACAAACGAAAGCGCGGCUUCGAACCAAUCGCAGCCACGGACAUAACACUCCGCUGGUGGCCGCCAUUGACCCCAGGGAAUUUUGACCUUCAGCACAGACAACUCCCAGUUGUUCGCAUGCAUAAGGUAGACAUCAAGACCGAGCAAGUCGAGAUCAAUUGGGACUUCAGCGGCCCCCUGAAAAUCGGGCCUUUGUCACUAGGUGAGAGCGUGAUUUACUUUGGUCGUCCUUCCCAGUCGUCUACAAACUUAGAUUCCGAUUCGUUUUCUCACACGGAGACGCUGUAUACGAUGCCGUCUCAAGGGAACGGGGACUAUUUGUGGUUGAAGUCUGAACCAUCCGACUGA